GCACUGUACUGUACAAGCGCUGCCGUGGGCGGGGUUUGUACUCCGUCAUCCUCUUCCGAUAGCUGCACAUCUCCCCAACGGUCUCUCACUCUUCCUUCUACCCUCCAGGACCCAAAUCUCUUGCUUCUGCCCUCAUUGCCAUGUCGCAAAUGCCUUCUCCUUAUUUGACCCGACCUCCCUUCCAUUCUCCCAGCGGACAGAGAGUAAUCCCAGCUCUCAAUCCCGACACCCCUCCACCUCCACCGCCGAAGCCAAAUAGCCACGAAGCGAGUCGGCGAGCAACUCCACAGGACUCUCUACAUUCAACCACUCCAUCGCAACAAUUAUCCCAAGAAACGUAUCGGGACUCUUUUGGAUUGACAAGAGAUAAUGUGCCUAGCAGCGCGGACAGCGCCAACGCUCAGCCUCUCAUUGAUCCACCAACAGUGGAGGAAGGUUGGCUGCCAGAUAUUGUCAAGGACAAGUCGACAGUCGAUCUACAAUCCAUCCUAUCAAACCCAAGCCUUAUUUCCUCGCUCGCAAGCCUCCAUCCUUCCUAUGACUCCCAUCAACUCUAUCUUCAGUCGCUCCUUAAAUUCAACGAAGAAUUGUCUACUCAUCUCCAUGACCUGCAAUCUCACAUAGCGGAGAUUCGUGCCUCAACUGAAUCCCUACUCCUUGCCCACCAGUCGCUCGAGGUCUCCUGGCGCAAGAAGCAAACAGAAAUGGAUGCAGCACUGGCACCAUGGUCACCAAAGGCUCUAUAUCAAAGAUUGAGUGCGGCUGUUACGGAACAAGAGGCUAUAUGCCAAGCGGUGGAGGAAAGCUUCCUUGAAGAAGAUCAUCAAGGGCGGGCGACGGAGAAGGAAGUUACAGAUUGGGUGAGACGCGUUAGGUCCGAAGCCGCCAAAUUAGCAGCUAGAAGGGAGGCGAAGGCUAGAUGGGACGAAGGGAGAGUUGGGGGAUGGAGAUAAUCAAGGAGGCAUGGUAACAAAUAUCAUCAAGCUACCUGGGCGCGCCUGGCCUUUCAGGGCAGACGCGGUUCUCCUGCAUAUUGUCUCCGGGAUAGCUUCGACUAAUCGGCUGGCUCCAUAACCUUGCAUCCUGCAAGAAUGGUCCCAAUAAAUUUUAGCAAUCUACAGGUUGCAUAUCGAUUCAUACCCACAUCUUGGAACGUUAGUUGCUAUUCCCAGCAUAAUUUAGUGCUGUUCCAUUAGUCAACUCGUUGGCUUUUGAGGUUGACUCCUUACUAUCAAGCAUCCAUGACCACCUAUCAUGUCCGAAGAUGGUUGGAUAUUUCUUCAAGGCCCUAACAACUUGGAAAUCAACUCAUCCGAACAGGACGGCCUAGCAAAGUCGACUGGCGUUGAACUUUAUGGUCGAGAGCAAUAUGUGAUAUGCGAGAAAUGAUUAACUUCCAAUAAGGCGAGACACUAAAUAUAUGUGAACACUGCAAAUGGAAUUUGAAUAUUGAUGUUUCAUGAUGGAAAGCUUUAUUUGUCAAUACUUGCCGGUCCAUCUACAAGACCGAGUACCUUCCCCUUUUAUUCUUGCCUGAAUGCAUAUGCUUGCGAGAUUGGAAUUGAGCCCAGGAGAAUGAAUUCUUUUGAUAUAUACGUACA